AUGACAUCCCCGUUCGCCGCAACCCAUGUCGUUGUUGAACAGCCGUGGACGCCCGAGCCUUUCCAUCGCGACCCCCAUGAAGACCCCGAGGACUGGCUGGAGGAUGCCGACCAAAUGCCCAGCCUUCAGGCAGCAUCACCCGAGCACGGAUGCCACUCCCUACCAAACGCCUGCUGCUACUCCGAGUACACCAGCUGCCACGCCACAAGCGACUCCUUCACCUUCGACCUCGAGUACUGCUCAGGCUCCCACGCUAACACCUCCAACUCCCACACCGCGGACAACCACCAAACAGCCGACUCCGAGUACGACGGCUCCCACGCCACGGCCAACUACCACACGGCCGACUCCGACGCCGACGACUCGCAAGCCACGACCAACUACCACAAGGCCCACACCCAGGCCAACGACUCCCACGCCACGGCCAACUACCACACGGAGGACUACGACUCCAACGACUCGCACGCCACGACCAACUACCAAAAGGCCGACACCCAGGCCAACGACACGCACGCCACGGCCAACUACCACACGGACGACUCCGACUACGACGACUCGCACGCCACGACCGACUACCACACGGACGACGCCUACUCCAACGACUCGCACGCCAAGGCCAACUACCACACGGACGACUCCGACUACAACGACUCGCACGCCACGACCGACUACCACACGGACGACCACAAGAGGUCAGUUUGA